CUGCGUGUGGACGCUUCUUGAGAGUUGGAAGGGAUUUCUUUUUUUUUUUUUCUCAAGGCUUUUUUUCCCCCCCUCCCAUAACUUUUCGGUGUGGAUUAUCUCUCUGGACCGCGCCGGCCGGACUUGGCUUCAGCGAAGCAACCGAGUCUGCGGGGAGAAAGUCACUGGUGCCGAAAAGUUGUGCUCUUCAGAAGGGGGUCCCCGCCCUCUCUCUCUCUCUCUCUCUCUCUCUCUCUCUCUCUCUCUCUCCCCACUCCCCCCUCUUUCUUCCCCACUCGGCUCCUCUCCCCCCCUCACGCCCACAGCGUUUGGUGUUGAUUCGAGCGGGAAGAGGGGGGUGGGUGGGAUCGGAGGGGCAGACCAUGACCUCCAGCUACGGGCACGUUCUGGAGCGGCAACCGGCGCUGGGCGGCCGCUUGGACAGCCCGGGCAACCUCGACACCCUGCAGGCCAAGAAGAACUUCUCCGUCAGUCACCUGCUAGACCUGGAGGAGGCCGGGGACAUGGUGGCGGCGCAGGCGGACGAGAGCGUGGGCGAGGCGGGCCGGAGCCUGCUGGAGUCGCCGGGACUGACCAGCGGCAGCGACACCCCCCAGCAGGACAAUGACCAGUUGAACUCAGAGGAGAAGAAGAAAAGAAAGCAACGGAGAAACAGGACGACCUUCAAUAGCAGCCAGCUGCAGGCUUUGGAACGUGUCUUUGAGCGGACACACUACCCAGAUGCUUUUGUGCGAGAAGAUCUUGCACGUCGGGUGAACCUCACUGAGGCCAGAGUGCAGGUGUGGUUUCAGAACCGAAGAGCCAAGUUCCGCAGGAAUGAGCGAGCCAUGCUGGCCAAUAAAAAUGCUUCCCUCCUCAAGUCCUACUCAGGAGACGUGACUGCUGUGGAGCAGCCCAUCGUACCUCGCCCUGCUCCCAGACCCACCGACUAUCUCUCCUGGGGGACAGCCUCUCCAUACAGCGCCAUGGCUACUUACUCUGCCACAUGUGCCAACAAUAGCCCUGCACAGGGUAUCAACAUGGCCAACAGCAUUGCCAACCUGAGACUGAAGGCCAAGGAAUAUAGUUUACAGAGGAACCAGGUGCCAACAGUCAACUGAGGAAAAAAAAAUAAUUAAACAGGCCUAAGAAGAAAUCAAAAACCAUAAGACACCUAUCCUGUUCUGUCAUUUCUUCAUCCGCUGGAAAAAAAAAUAAUAAAAGCAAAAACAAACAAAGCCAGAACUAAAAUAUUGGGAGCAUGGCGGAGAAAAGCAGGAGAGGAACAAAAUGAAAAUUAGUUAACAAUUGUUCCUUCUUUUUUUUUUUUUUUUCUUGGAUACCAUCACCAUUUGCUUCUGUGUGUAUUUAUCUUAUUUUCCUUCUAUCCAUGCUUUGCUAAUUAUACUCCAGGCUUCUUCAGCUAGGCUCAGCCCACCCAUUCCUAUAAUUGUAUGAGAAUAAAAAGAAUCUACAGCAGCCAAAGAAACACAUAUACAUAUAUGUUUUUAUAUAUGUAUAUAUGUGAAAGAUUACUUCUCAGUAAACUGUUUGACCUCAGUGCCUUACUCUCUCUCCUUCUAAGUCUCCCUAAGGGAUCUUCUUGAAAAUCCAAAGUCUUUCUGAAGACUCUGUAUAAUUGUGUUCAUGUGUGUUGGUCAUGGUAAGGUUUUUCUAUCAGCUACAGGAAAAAAAAGUAAUGUCCACAUGUUCUGAUCACUGACCUGUCUGAUCAAUGUGGUUGGCCAUGUGUCGUGAACACUGAGCUCUAAUAUCUAGAUUAUAAUGUCACCAUCAACACUGUCUCUCACCUAAUUCAAACAAUAAACCACUCUAAGUUAAAGAAAUUUGUUGUUUUUAAACAAUUGCUGUCACUCAUCCUUUGGUAGAAGAAAUACUUUUGGCUGUAGAAAUGGAGAGAAUUUUUUUUAGUAGGAAAACAAAUACUGAAUUGUGAAAAACAUAGCCUAUAUCUCUGUAGUGCCUUAA